AAUUCAAAAUGGAAGACCUCACAGUACCCAAAAAGAGAACCGAAAGUCCUAAGGCUGUUGAAGAAAAUCAAGAACACAUAGAGGCAGAAGAAACAGAGGAUAACUACGAAGCUAGGGAUCCUAACCCUCUUACUCGAGAAAGCCAAGAGAAUCAACAAGAUGUAGAAGACCUCAAGACUGAAGAUAGUGGAAUAGAAGAUGACCAGAGAAUCAAUCUUGAAGAACAGAAACAGCCCCAAAGGAGUAGUCAUCCAGAAGAGAGCAAAGAAGAUGCCGUUCGACAAUCAGAAGAAGCUAAAGAAACUCAUAGUGAAGAGGAAGACCCAGAAGUCGACCAAGACGAUGAAAAGGUAGAUGAAGAAGAACAUGAUAAAGAAAAUCGUCAACAAGAGGAAGGAAUCGAACAAAAAGAUCUUCAAGAGGAACAGCAGAAAUUUGAAGCAAAAUCAGAGGAACUUCAUAACCAAAGAUUAGAAUUUUGGAGUAAGAAGAAAAUAGGCUUUGUAAAUCUUAAAUCUUGGUAUGAGGAGAGAGCCACCAUCCUAUGACUUCACAAGAAGAUCCUUGAGACUAUCUACAAGAAGGUCAUUGAGAAAAUGAGACAAUCCGCUAGAGAAUCUCAGAAAAUGGUACAAUACUUCUUAACAAUUUCUGAAAUGGAGAAAACGUAUGCAGAUCACCUAAACAAGAGUGUUGGCUACCUAUCUGAUAUUAAGAAGGAUUACCAAGAUUUUGGCAAAGGCUACCUUGACAUGUGCGGGCAUUUGGAGAGAUACGAGAGAGACCUUAUUUCUCAUCGACAGAUGUCUGCCAAAGCUAUAAAGCAGACAAUCGACGAGACCCUCGGAGGGGUGUUUAAAACCCAAAUACAAAAAAUCGAUAUAUUCACCUCAAAAAUUAGCAAAUUAAUGAAGAGGAUAACUGCUGAAGAGAAAACAUGUGAAAAAGUGUUCGCCAUCUUCUCUUCAAUGCUUGCAGAAGCUGAGAUAUGAAUGAACCAUCACAGACAUUAUGACAAGGACUUCUGGUUGGCAGAGAACCAUUGUCUAGUCGCAGCCAAGGUUCAUCUUGAUGGAGAAAGAGAGUUCUGAAGAGAAAUUAUGGACAUCUGGACUGAAGCAGAAGCUACAGAGGAAAUAAAGAUCAAGAAUAUGAAGGAACUCUACAGCGAGUACUUUAAAAAGACAUCAAUAGUAUCAGAUGCGAGCAGACAACUGAAGCUGCUUAUGAAUGAUGCGAAUCAUGAAGACAUCUCUUCUAAAAUUUACUGAUUCAAGAACAUGUUUUCUCAUGAAGACUUGAAAGCAAUGUCGUCACUUAUGGAGCUUCUUGGUGAGAAGAUUGAUUUUGUCACAGCUACCACUGAUCAAGUAAAGCUGUACUUAAAAUCAAUGAAACUCAAGGAGCCCCCUCAGACCACUUUCAUUCAAAAAGAAGGUGUUCUAAAGAGAGAUCCUGGCUUUAUGAAAUCUUGGAAGGACGUGAUCUGAAUCAUCACAACAGAAGGUUUCCUGCACGGCUUCAUGCAAAGAGCUGACAAAGAUCCAGUGUUCACUCUAAAUCUCAGAAAGAUCACCAUUAAUCCUAAAAAAGAGACCAAGUUUGAAAUCUCAGAAGGGAAGAAGGGCUUCAUGAGAGGCUCAAAAAAGAUAUACCUCAAAGCUAGGAGCCUUAUCGAAAUGGAGGAGUGGAUCAAGGCAAUGAACAAAUUUGAUUAG